AUGAGUGUUGCCCGAUCUCGGCACACAGCAACCACAUUACCAAAUGGAUUAAUACUAGUUACUGGUGGAUACAACGAUCGUAAUUUUCUCAAUCCUGCUGUAUUGUACAGUCCAUCACAAGGCACUUGGACAACUACAGGAAACAUGAAUGUCGCACGAAGGGAUCACACAGCAUCCACAUUAGCAAAUGGAUUAGUAUUAGUUACUGGUGGGCGGGGCAUGAGUAAUAGUUUCCUCAGCCUCAGUAGUGCUGAAUUGUACAAUUCAUCAACACGGGCUUGGACAUCUACAGGAAACAUGAGUUUCACACGAGAUUCUCACACAGCAACCACAUUAGCGAAUGGAUUAGUACUAGUUGCUGGCAGAGAGAACAACGAUAUUUAUCUCAAUAGUGCUGAAUUGUACAAUCCAUCAACAGGCACUUGGACAACUACAGAAAAUAUGACUUUCGCCCGAUAUUCUCACACAGCAUCCACAUUAUCAAAUGGGAAAGUAUUAGUUACUGGUGGACAGGUCAACGAUAAUGUCACCUUAAAUAGUGCUGAGUUCUAUUAA